AAUAUUCAAUUUGAAAAACUCCAAGGUGGAGUUUGUGUAAAUAAAGUGCCACUUGAUUUUAACGAAGACUCGCCGGAGCUUCCUUUAGAUAAAGAAACACGACAACUUAUUUGUGUUGGUAAUGUUUCUGAGAGAACUAUGAAAGUCCAAUUUUCAUUGAAAACUGACGAAGAAAAGUUCAGCAUUCGUUUUAAUCCGGAAGUUUGUACAUUACGAAAAGGGUGUGCUUGUGAAUUUGAAGUAUUUAUUUCACCAGUGUGUACAUGUAAAAUUGAUAGUUCUGUGAUGAUCAUAUCGAAGUCGUUAAAACAAGGAAAAGAAGCAAUGAAUAAAAUCGAACUUGUUGGGACAACUGUAUAUUCCAUCAGACUCGACCCUGGUGAGUUAGUUGAAGAAAAUAAAUUGGGAGAAGGAUCAUUUGGUAUUGUUAUUAAAGGUAAAUUUAGAGGAAACGAAGUUGCAAUCAAAAAGAUGAAACAAGCAAACACGACACCGGAGGCAUUGAAUGAAUUUGACAAAGAGGUAAAAAUGCUCGACAAGUUUCGAUGUGAUUUUAUCGUUCAUUUCUAUGGAGCUGUGUUUAUCAAAAGCAAGAUGUGCAUGGUUACUGAAUUUGCUCGAUAUGGAAGUCUCCAGGACUUAAUACGUAAAAAUAAAGACAUAAUAGUUUUAAUGAAGAUGCGACUUAAACUAAUGUUGGAUGCUGCUCGUGGUAUUGCAUACUUACACAAAAAUGGGAUAUUACAUAGAGAUAUCAAGCCAGAUAAUAUCUUGGUCAUUUCACUUGAAGACAAAAUGAUUGCUAAUGGGAAAUUGACAGAUUUUGGGUCUUCAAGAAAUAUCAAUAUGUUGAUGACUAAUAUGACAUUCACCAAAGGAAUUGGAUCACCAAAGUAUAUGGCGCCUGAAGUGUUAAAUAAAGAAAAAUACAAACAUGCUGCUGAUGUCUACUCAUUUUCAAUUACAAUGUAUGAGUGCUUGGGAUGGUGUGAAGCUUUUGGGAAAGAAAAGUUUCCCUUAUUGUUGGAAUAUUGUCGAUUAUGUUGCAAGUGGGGAAACGGAUGGAACGGCCAACAACAGUACCUGAAGAUGUGUUUAAUGUUAUUGAAAGUGCAUGGGUACAUGA